UACCCUCCACCAUAUCCACCCUUCACAUUUAUUGCCCACACUCGCUCGCUCACACGUAUAUAGAGACAAUCAGCAGGAAGGGGGCGAUUUCACCUUUGGACCAAUCAGCAGGAAGGGGAGUGAAUUUGGUUAGAGAUGGCGGAGGAGAAGGAAGUGAGGAACAAGCAAGUGAUACUGAGGGAUUACGUGACUGGCUUCCCCAAAGAAUCAGACAUGUUGCUCCAAACUGCUACCGUCCGCCUGAAGCUUCCUGAGGAUUAUUCCAAUAAUAAGGGAGUCUUGGUAAAGAAUCUGUAUCUCUCUUGUGAUCCUUACAUGCGAGGCCGCAUGCGCAACAUCCAAGAUAGCUACGUCGAUUCCUUCACUCCUGGUUCCACUAUAACUGGGUAUGGAGUCGCUAGAGUAUUGGAUUCUGCACAUCCUGAUUUCAAGAAGGGUGACUUGGUUUGGGGAAUGACUGGUUGGGAAGAGUACAGUCUCAUUACAACACCGGAAAUGCUGUUUAAAAUUCAAAAUGCAGAUGUGCCUCUUUCUUAUUACACAGGAAUCCUUGGUAUGCCAGGUAUGACAGCUUAUGUUGGUUUUUAUGAGGUAUGCUCUCCAAAAAAAGGAGAGUGUGUGUUUGUUUCAGCGGCAUCUGGAGCUGUUGGUCAGCUUGUUGGCCAGUUUGCAAAAUUAUUAGGCUGUUAUGUUGUUGGAAGUGCUGGAACCAAAGAAAAGGUUGAUUUGUUGAAAAACAAAUUUGGGUUUGAUGAAGCUUUUAACUAUAAAGAAGAGGAAGACUUAGAUGCAGCUCUGAAAAGGUACUUUCCCAAUGGCAUAGAUAUCUACUUCGAGAAUGUUGGAGGAAAGAUGCUUGAUGCAGUGCUUGUCAACAUGAACCUCCAUGGCCGCAUUGCUGUGUGUGGGAUGAUCUCACAAUACAACCUUGAACAAACUGAUGGUGUACACAACCUCUCCUAUCUCAUCACAAAACGGAUUCGUAUGGAAGGAUUCAUAGUUUUUGAUUACUAUCACCAGUAUCCUAAGUUUUUGGACAUGAUUCUGCCCAACAUAAAAGAAGGGAAGGUAGCAUAUGUUGAAGAUAUAGCUGAAGGCCUGGAGGCUGCGCCGGAGGCUCUAAUUGGGCUUUUUUCUGGUCGCAAUGUGGGGAAACAAGUUGUGGUAGUUGCUCGUGAAUGACGAUGAUAUGUAAUAUUGAUAUAGUAUGGUAUAUUUCGUGAGUGUUUAGCUUAAAAUAAAUGAAUGGACUUGUGUGUUGUUUUGUGAGAGUUUAAAGCCAAAGAUUUUGGCUAGAAAGCGUAGGGUCACACAAGGUUUGAAGCAAUAAAACUUGGAAUUGGAAUA